AGCCCGCGGGAGGGUACGGCGGCCAAAAAUCUGAGCAUGGAGUCCCUGCAGCUCUGCGAGAGAGACGGUAAGGUAGAGGAAAGCGGCGUGGUGGGGAUGGAGCUCCCCGUACCCUUGAACAUUCGUAUCAGCAACAUCACCUGCGACUCCUUCAAGAUCUGCUGGGACAUGGACCCUCGCACCAGAGAGAAGAUCACGCACUACUUCAUCGACCUCAACAAGAAGGAGAACAAGAACUCCAACAAGUUCAAACACAAGGAUGUUCCCACGAAGCUGGUGGCCAAGGCAGUGCCGUUGCCCAUGACAGUCCGAGGCCACUGGUUCCUGAGCCCGAGAACCGAGUACACGGUCGCCGUGCAAACCGCGUCCAAGCAGAGCGACGGAGAUUACGCCGUGUCCGAAUGGAGCGACAUCGUACAGUUCUGCACUGCAGAUUAUUCCACCGUACAUUUAACUCAGCUGCUGCAGAAGGCGGAAGUGAUCGCCGGGAGGAUGCUCCCGUUCUCCGUCUUCUACCGCAAUCAGAACCAGGAGUACUUUGACCACUGCAGAAACGCUCAGGACGGCCGGAUGCUCCCGUCCGUGAAGGACAACAGCGGCAGCCACGGCUCCCCCCUGAGCGGCAAACUGGAGGGCAUCGUCUUCAGCUGCAACACGGAGUUCAACACGGGCGAGCCGCCGCUGGACUCGCCGUACGGCCGCUACCGCUUCCAGAUCGGCGCGGAGGAGCUGUUCGGCCCCGACACCCGCCUCUACUUCGGCGACUUCUACUGCAUGUACACGGCCUACCACUACGUGAUCCUGGUCCUGGCGCCGCGCGGCUCGCCGGGAGACCUGUACUGCGCCGACCGACUGCCCGAGCUGGACGUCGCCGACAACCGCUUCCUCACGCGCGUGAAGACGGAGGACGGGCGGGUGGAGUUCCGGCACGCGCAGGACGUCAUCCUGGAGGUCAUCUACACCGAGCCCGUGGAGCUGGCGCGGGGGGGCGUGGCUCAGAUCAGCGGCCAUCAGCUCAUGAGUCUGUCCACCGUCAACGCCAAGAAGGACCCCAGCUGCAAGACGUGCAACAUCAGCGUCGGGCGCUAGUGACCGCGGGCGAACCCUGUCUGGACUCGGACAUUAUCAUGGAUGCUAAAAACUCAAACUCACGACCCAACUUUGUUCCCGAAAGUCGCCGCUUUAGCUCGGAGUGCUAACACCAACACGAAAACAUACCGGGAUUUACGUACCAGCCGUGUUUGCUAGGUUAGCAUGGGAUGCUAAUUCUAGAACAUUGCGCUUACUGAAUGUAGUAACCAGCUAACUACACUAAUUACACUCUCACUACUAAAUCUCAAUGUUAGCAUGGAUGCUAACAACUCAAACGUAUUUUCCAAUUAAAACAUAUUAACGCCGCAUGUUCUUCCCGACGCAACCCUCCUAAUAUAUCCAGGCUAGGGACCUAGCAUACAGGCUAACAAACCACUCUCACUACUCCAAACCUGGAACGUUAGCCUGGGAUGCUAACACAUAUGUUGCGUUUGAUCCCCAGAUUACACCCAAAGCUCUAUGUUAGCACGGAUGCUAACGCUUAUUUUCCAAUUAAAACAUAUUUCAUGGGCAGCUGUAGCCUAGUGGUUAAGGUACUGGACUGGUAAUCAAAAGGUCACUGGUUCAAGCCCAACCACUGCCAGGUUGUCACUGUUGGGCCCCUGAGGAAGGCCCUUAACCCUCAAUUGCUUAGUAUUGUAAGUUGGCUGCUCCUAUAUUUUCGACGCCACGGUGGAUCAUUCCUGACCGCAUGACGUGACCCUCCUAUUUUAUCCAGGUUAGGGACCGGCACUGAGAGAGCACUGACAAGUUCCCCUCCCACAGACACAGCCUAUCAUGUCUGUGUAGAUGCACCACCCGAGCACCUCCAGCUUGCAAACCUAAAUGACAGCUAAUGUGUUAGCAUUUUUUAAAAGUUGCGUUUUCCCUCGUCCGCGCGAAUACAGCGUUUUCACGUUUAACCCCCGACGGAGGGUAAUAAAACAUGGUUUUUGGGCGGAUGGACGAGCAAACGGACAAGAAAAGCCAACCGACUGUCCAGUCCUCACACAUUCACACAUCCCAGAACCAGUAACCUGACUCUCAAACAAGCGUGAGAAUCCACCGCUGGCUAGCAGGGGUGCUACCGGGUCGAACCCGCAGCCAGACACGCCCCAGUUCAGUUCAGUUCUAGCAGCUAGAACAACAGCCACUGUUCUGA